UUUGGGCGUGGAAGUUCGGUUAUUUUAGCGUUCAGCAAUUUUACUGUUUUAUUUCACAAAAGUUUAUGUGUUAACGAACGAUGAAGAACCUCAACACUGUGCUGUACUUCGGUACAGUGGCAAUAUACUUCUUUUCUCUUUGUUCAGGGCAAUAUUAUUUUGAGGAAGAGAAAGAAAUCAAAAGCAACAUCGUGUGGUGCGCCACGAGCCUGGAGGAAAUUUACAAGUGCCAGAAUUUCACCAAAGCCCUAGAACGCGAUGUGGCCCUGUUUAAUGAUUACUUCCUGAACGUUACCUGCCACCACGGGUAUGACCACGACGAGUGUAUGACUCUGAUCAACGACCGGAAGGCUGACGUGAUGACGCUGGACGCCGGAGAAGUGUUCAGUGGUGGCCGAUUCCACUCACUGAUCCCACUCAUGCAGGAAGGCUACGAGGGGGGCUUUACUCAGUUCCAUGCCGUGGCCGUUAUCAAGAAGGGAUCGCUUCAAGAUGUCACUAACUUGAGGCACCUGCGGGGCAAGAAAGCCUGCUUUGCCUGGGUGGGCAGUCACGCUGGUUGGACUAUUCCGAUUCAUACGCUGCAACGCGAAGGAGGAAUGGUUAUCACUGACUGCAACAAUAUUGUUAAAACGGCGACCGACUUUUUCGGACCUUCUUGUGCCGUUAAUUCGUUGAUCGACAAGUACAACCCCAUUGGAGAUAAUUCAAACAAUCUCUGCUCGCUAUGCACCGGGGUGGUGCCAGGUGGCAAGUGUACGCCGACCGAUCCGUACGCUGGUUAUGAGGGAGCUUUUCGUUGUCUUGUUGAAGCCGGAGAUAUUGCGUUUGUUAAGCACACCACCGUGCAGGAAAUGGUAGACAGUGGCUUCAUACCUGGCGUGACCGUAGACCAGUUUGAGCUGUUAUGCAAAGAUGGAUCCCGCCAACCAAUCUCCCAGUACCGUCAGUGCGAAUGGAGCAGCGUACCGUCGCAUGCUAUGGUAGUUUCCAGUGCUACCACGAAAUCGGAAAGACGAAGAAUUAAAAAAUUCUUUACGCAAGCCGUCAACUUGUACGGAUCGAAGCAGCGACGAAGCAAUACCACCUCCAUCUACGAUCGGCCGAACGAUCAAUACAAUCCUUACCAGAGCCGCUUCACCACAGCUUCGACGACUACAUAUUCACCGUAUAGCGAUGGUUUAGAGCGCAAUAAUGAGACUCAACCGUACGAGUCGUUCGAUUUGUUUGAAUCGAAACGCUACGGUCGACGGCUAAAUCUCAUGUUUGAAGACACAGCCCGUCACCUAGUCCCGAUUGAGGAUGAUAAGCAAAACUAUCAAAAGUUUCUCGGUAAAUCUUUGGAGCAAAUUUACGAUACCAAAACAUGCCCCGUGGGCCGCAUGAUGUUGUGCGUAACAUCGGACGCCGAGUACGAAAAGUGCAUUAAAAUGCGGACCGCUCUGAAGUCGCAGUUGAUCAAACCAGAUAUGUUGUGCUUGAAAGCACAUUCUCACAUUACCUGCAUGCAGCACAUUCAAUCGGGCACAGCCGAUGUAGCUGUGUUUGACGCCAGCGACGUUUACACCGCCGGCCUGCACUACGAUCUAAUGCCGUUCAUGUCGGAAGUGUACGAUCUCGGUCUGCCCGAGUAUUACGUAGUGGCCGUGGCCAAGGAAGAAGAUCCAGACACGGAACUGACCUACCUUCGAGGGAAGUACACGUGCCAUUCGGGUAUUAACACGGCGGCCGGAUGGGUCUACCCGAUGGCUUAUCUCAUCUCCAACGGGUGGAUUCGGCCUUACGGUUGUGAUAGUAUUCGGGCGGCUGCAGAAUAUUUUACUAAAUCAUGCGUCCCCGGUGCGAUAAGCAAGGAAUACAACACUGGUAUUCCUUACGAUAACAUGUGCGAUCUGUGCCAUGGAAACAGCUUCCGCUACUGUCGGCGUGAUGCAUCAGAGGAUUAUUAUGGCAAUACGGGUGCUUUCCGUUGUUUGGUGGAAGGAGGUGGACACGUAGCAUUUGUACGCCACACAACCGUUAUAGAAAACACUGGCGGUAAGAAAAAGGAAUGGUGGGCCCGCGAUGCUUUCCCAGAUGAUUACGAGCUGCUCUGUCCGGAUGGUACGCGUGCCGAGGUGAACGAGUACAAAAAGUGUAACCUGGGUGUGGUCAAAGCAAAUGCAAUCGUGGCUCGUGGUGGACGAGGAUAUAACGGCACGGAAAUGAGCGCUUAUAUCAAUCUCUUUACCUAUGCGCAACAGUUUUACGGAAGGAAGUUUUCUGAUGAAUUCAGUUUCAGCAUGUUUUACUCGCCUCCCCCUUAUCAUGAUCUUAUUUUCUCAGACGCCACCAGGGGCUUACGGGUGGUUGACUCAGACAAGCGGUGGUUCGAUGCAUAUCUGGGACCGAACUUUUUACGUGCACGCCGCAUAACGGACUGUCAUGCUGGCGCUGUCGCUUUGAAAAUAAGUGCCUUAUAUAGCUCAUUGCUAUGCGUUGUGGCGUUGUUCUUGCAUCGGAACAUUAUGUAGAAAUUCAUCGAGAAUCUAGAAACACGAUAAGAACAGAUCCGUCCAAAAGAGAACAUACAUAGGCAACAGAUCCGUCCGAAAAUAGAUCUUGAGUGUCUGCUGUUAUUAUAGACGAUAGGCCAAGGAGAGAAUAUUUUAUGUAUUCUUGUAACAUUCCAUUUUAUGGGCGGUGUAAUUUUAACUAUUUACAUUUUUGCAUUCAUCAGGAUAAGCAGUAGGUGUCACGGAUGAUGGAAUCGCUUAUCAUUCAGCGAAACAAUGUGCAGCUUACAAAUCAAAGUGCAGCUUAUAAAAAAAUCCUCAACAAUUUACAUGUAAAUUGGUUAGGCAAUAUAAGUACAAUAUUAGUAGCACACAUUUGUAAGGCGGUCAAAUCUUUUUUUUAAUAUAUAGUGCAACUGGUUGACCGAAUUGACGGAAAUGACGAUUUAAUAAAUUCUACAUGAUUUUAAUAUUUA